AUGCCGAUCAGGCUACUCGACACCACCACCCUCCGGAUGAGGGUCUUUAUGGGAGAAGUUAUUCCCGGCUAUGCAAUUUUGUCUCACACAUGGGUCGAAGAUGAUGAAAUAGACUUUCAGGAGAUGACCGCCAUAGGCCACAAUCCAGAACACCCUGCUACAUUGAAAGCGGGUUACAGUAAGAUUCAUUCCACUUGUGAGAAGGCACGCCGACACAAGAUCAACUAUGCCUGGGUCGAUACCUGUUGCAUUGACAAAACCAGCAGUGCGGAGCUCAGCGAGGCCAUCAACUCAAUGUUUAGAUGGUAUCGCGACGCUGAAGUCUGCUAUGUCUUUCUCGCCGAUCUUGAGCCGGGAUCUGAUGUUGGGAAUGCGAUGAAGUCUUGCAGAUGGUAUACCCGUGGCUGGACUUUACAGGAACUCAUUGCGCCCAAGAAAUUACGCUUCUACAAUCGGAAUUGGGGGUACGUUGGCACUAAAACUCAGCUGAAGUCAUCAGUGUGUGCAAUCACUGGAAUCGACCAAGAGGUCCUCAAAGACUCCUCCGUCCUACCGGAGAUUCCAGUAGCUCGCAGAAUGUUUUGGGCGUCUCGGCGUGUGACGACGAGGACGGAAGACCUGGCUUACUGCUUGCUGGGCAUAUUCGACGUCAACAUGCCUCUUUUAUAUGGCGAGGGAGAGAAAGCUUUCAUCCGGCUUCAGGAGGAGAUCAUCAAACGCUCGAAGGAUCUCUCGAUCUUCUACAACUUUACGAGGACAUCGUCUGACAUCACCGAGGACUUGUCGGCAGGAGAUUUGCGCGGUAGAGCCUAUCACCACGAUUACCCUUGCCGCGACCUUUUUGCCACAGCACCCAGGGAUUUCUCUGAGUCGGAUGACGUUUUCCUGUCACAUCUUACUGCCAGUUCCGUACGGGACUUCGCACUAACUAACAACGGCGUGCACUUCGCGAACGCUAGAUUUGUGAUCGCAGAGACACUCGGGGAGCCCCAAUCUCGCUAUUAUGUCAUGGACCUGGAACACUAUCAAUCCUCUCAGCCGCUGCUUUGCGGAAUGGUUCUUCAAAAGAUUGGUCCCGGCCUUUUUGUGAGAUGUUCGCUACCCCUAUCCGAAUGCGUAGCAUCAGGUCUUCUGUAUAUCGAAACCCUGCACGGACGUCGCUGGAGGACCGAAGACGCUUACAUUGUGUCCAAAAUCUCCAACUCUAUCGAAAGGCAAAUGCGUACCUGCCGCCAUCACGCCAUUCGUUUCGAGUCCGAUGGCAACAUAAAGGCGGUAGAACAAAACUUCGACAGGAUACUGGAAGCACCAUCUCCGCGCGAUAAUUGGGACGCGGCGCACAAUGAGUUUAUCACUAUGGGAGAGCCCAUUGAAGGCUACGUGGCAUUGCGCCUUUUCGAUCCAAUUUGGCAAUGGCGACCUGGGCAGGACUUAUCCUAUUGCUACCUUGUCUGUUCUUCUAUACCUUCGAUGCGGACAGCAGGUUUACAGCUGAAGCUCCUAGAGCCUCACGGCUUCGAGAACCGUGUCAGCAGAUUGCCCGGAAAGUUGGGAACACAAAGAAUUCUGCCAAUGCCAACCCAGUCUGCUUCUCGGAACACACAAGACCAACUAAUCUUGGAUGAUGUGACGGUUGAGGCCAAGAUUGGAAUUGCAGAAGACCGCCCCUACCCCUCGUAUCGAAUAACCAUCACACUCAAAUUACAUGACCAUCCUGAAGGGCGGUGA